CCUAGUUCAUUGAGGUUCGGCUCUGUGAAGCGAACAGCGUUACUCACUGGACCGACAGCUUGGCGUAGCAGAUUUUCUCAAAACUGGAAGCAGAGACGGAGAGAGAAAGUAGAGUGACCCCCCCCCACCCCUUUCUGGGACUUGCCUUGUCACACGGAAGCCGGGCGCCGACCCAGGCGCCGACCCAGGCGCAUGCUGGCAGCAGUGUGGACCCCACAAGCUUCCGCUGAUGAUGGAGACCGACCCAGAUGGGGCAGACACUUCUGGGAAACAGGGAAUGCAGCAGCAUUUGUCUGCUAUGGAUGAUGGGAGGAGCCGACUGAAGCAGGAGUCCAUCAGAAAACCAGAGGAGGUGCUGGAAAACAGGCGUGGAACUCCAGAGAAUCAGAAGCUGCCCCAGGAUGAAGGUCAAGGUCAAGCCCAUAAAAAGAAAAAUAGAAGAGCGAGAAACAAACGGAAACAAAUGAAGGAACAGGAGGCUAAAGAUGAAAGUGCCACCUCAGCUUCUUCUAAAAAGACCCUGAUGGAAACGGAGACUCCUCCAACCAAGACCGCUAAAAAGAAAAGAAUGGAUGGACAGCCCAGGAAUGACGGGAACAGGCAGCAGAAACCAGGCACCCGAAGUCUGAAAACCACAGGGAUGCAGACGGAGGAACAGGACCAAGCCGGAUGGGUGACUAAGAAGGACAAGGAAACCCAGACCCCGUCGGUGGAGCUGUGCACUCAGCAAACGCAAACGGACCCCACUAAUACCACUCAGCAAGACCAAGUACCAGGCCAGUGCACCGGCGUGACAGCCAGCCAGACUCCAGCGUCAGACCAAGGGGAGAAAGAUCCAGGCAACGUUCACAGCGACCAGCACAAACUACCUGGGCAUCCAGAUCAAGGCUCAGGGAAUUCCCAAGACAACUCUCAGGUUAAUCAAGGGGUCCAAGGACAGUCAGGUUCAGACAAGGUGGGUGAUGGCAAGAAUCCUCAGCUGUCUACGAAGUCCAGGGAAAGAAGCUCAGACCGAGGGGGGCAGUCCAAGGAGCAGCCGGAGGAGAUUAAGCGACAAGGAGAAGUCAAUGCCAGAGGGAGUCGGGAACAUUCCCCUACAAGACCCACCAUGUUCAUUUAUGCUGUUCUGGACAAGAAGUUUAAAUUCAACCAGAAUGCUGACAAGCUGCUACUGCUGCAUGAUAAUAGAGAACAUGUCCUUGAGAUCCUCCAUUUCAGUGAAAUGGGUCAGCAAGGCUACCUGACUGAAGCCCGUUUUUUGGUGGAAGAAAAGAACUUUCCAUGGGGUCAGCCAGUGCAGUAUUGGUAUGGUGUUAAGAAGCAAGGGAAGCUGAGUAUAGAAACUGGCAAAAGAUCUAUACUGAUACCGUGUAACCCUCAAAUGAAAGAAUUACAUCUUUAUGAGGGUCACAUAACUCCUGAGGAAUGGGGACUCUUUGGAUUUAUAACUGGCUUCACUUCCCACAAAAAAGUGGGCGUUACCCUGGAUAUGUGGUUCAGCUCUGCUAGAAUAUUGCUGGACCGCAUCUUUCAAAAAUGGCCUCCAAAACUCGAACAACAGAGCAUUGAACAGUUUGUCAGAACCUUAAAACAUUACCAGGAGGGUUACCAGCAUAUCCAUCAGCGGCUGAUUUACCCAGAUUUCUCCACACCCCCUCCAAUCCAGGUGUCAGAGAUGAUAGCUGGGCACCUCCUCCAGUUCAUGAGGGACGAAUCAAAAAAAAAAUCGUCUCUUAGGAGCUCAUCUGAGAAUAACCCCUUGGUGGCUGGGCUGGCCUUGUGCCUGGUCUCCAACGCCUGCAGCUUGGACCUGGGUGUGAAGGGCUGGGCGGAGCUGUGCACGAUGAUGACGUCAGACAUGUCACAGUGCAGCCGGCACCUCACCGAAGCCACGGCGGUCUUCACAAACACAAAGCACGCACUGGUUGCUCUGAUGAACCGGUGCAUGAAGAGCCGCGUGGCUGAGCUCCUGCUCCUCGUGCCGCUCCUGCAUACGAUCGGGGAGCCCCAGCCGGAUGCCAAGCGGCCCGACCCCGCAGCGGAGGAGCCGGGCUGGGCCGCCCUGCCGGGGGUAGCGUACGCCCAGUUCCGGGAGCAACUCCGCCCCUACACUGAAAAGAGGAGGAUUGUGCUUGGAAUAAUUAAAGAGCGUAUUUCCUGGACUGACAGCUGGCCCCUGCUUCAAACCAGCUGGCUCUCCCUGGUAGCUACCGAAGAUGUUGUGGAAUUUUCAGUGGCCACCAGGACCGCGGUAGAACACCUCAUCCAGACCCUGAUGUUCAGGCUGGGGGAGUAUGACAGGAAUUCCUCCACUGAUAAGCUGAUGGACGUCAAUCUGCAGGCUGUGCAGUGCAUCAUCAGCCACAUACUCAAGGAGCUUAAAGAUAAUGCAGAAAGGAUACUGGGCUGUGGAUACGCCAAACCCUUGUUUCAGUGCUGCGUCAGGAUCCUGCGCAGUGUCUGCAGGAUGGCCAGGCUGGUUCCCUUCUACAAAACGGCAGUGAUGUCCUACCAGCUGUUGCUGACUCUGGCUGAAAUGCAGCACGCCCAGCUGGAUAAGGCUGGAGACGAGGAGGACCGGGAACGAACCUGCCUCUUCAACAGCCUCGAGGGCUCGCAGGCAGAGCUGUGCCAAUGGAGAGAUGGACUGCUGUCCAAGCCGCCCAUCACUAACACUGGUGCUCUUUCCUACCCCAAAGAGCUGGAGCUUUGGGAUUCGUUGCUGAAGGUGCAGUGCUCAGUGCAGCAGAUCUCAGAGCGUUGGAACAGCAUGCUGGAGAGGGACCUGAGAUGCAGGAUUUCCCAGGCCAGCCCUGAAGAUAGAGUCCUGUUCUGCUGCCUGAAUCAGCCCGGGGCCCACAGCACCAUCAGCACCUGCCUUCAGGAGCUGUCUCAGUCAGCCAUCGAGAACAUUUGCCAGGAAAGUAAGGAGGGAGAUUUGAUGAUGACCCUCUCCAAACGUACCAAGGACGUGCCUUCAUGGGUCCUCUCCAGCAUUCUUAUACGGUCCAGAGAGCGGUUCAGGGGUGAUCCGGUGGGGCAAGUUCUGCAGCCUCAGUCAGCCCUGCAUCACUUCCUGUCUCAGAGUUGCUGGCAGGGUGUGCAACUCAGUCAGGACGCCAGCCAGGUGCUGCAGGAUGGAGAAGCAGUCCUGGCUACCUUAGUGGACGCCCUCCAUGGUGGACACAUUCCCUUUGGACACCUUCUGGCUACCCUGAAACAUCAGAAGCAAUUUGAGAAAUUGCACCAGGAGUUGCUGCUGCGUUCCACAGACAAGAAGUCCAGCAACCGAAAAGUCCAAGAUUAUAUUAAGAAGCUUCUGUCCCAGCGAGAGGAAGAUGUAAAUGUCUUUAACCAGCACUGGGAAUAUGUGGAUACUCUCAUUAAAAUGAUUAAGAAGAUCGCAGAUGUCAUCACAGUUCCGGAGAUUUCCGCUCUUGAGCACCAACACAAAGCCGACCUCCUGCCUGUCAGCUUGAGCCAGCUGGUCAGGCUGCAGCCCCACAGCUCUGAUGGAGGGGGCUGGGAAACAGCCCAGGGACCUGUUCUCUGGUACACCAUUGACCAGGAGGUGCUUGGCAUGGCAACGGAGAUGCAUGAGAUGAGGAACAGCAGCCUGCUGCUCAGCCUGUGGGUGAGAGGAGCAGAGGGUACGGCCUCCCAGGCCCACGGAAGCUCCAUGGCCACCAACAGCUUGACCCUGGCGCAGGUGCAGGCGAUAGUGUGGAGGCCGCAGCUAGCUGGCUAUGAGAAGCUGGCCCUGAACGUGGAGUCGGGCAAAGUCACCUUCGAUGAACUGGAGAGGGCUCUGCAGUGGGUGGGUGACCGAGGAGAAGGACGGGAGAUGAGCAAGGAGUUGGGUUUGAUGGCCAAAAUGCUGCAGAGACAGCAUGGCGUCAGUGCUGACUGGACUGAGCCGCGGUCCCGUCAGAUCGAGCAGUAUCAGAGACUCUGCCGGGCAGCCGAGUCGGCAAGCGCUGUCCUGGGGAUCGCUGAGCAGCUGCAGCUCUCCGGAGACUUUACGCCAAUUCGCAGCCUCACGCAGCUGAGAGAAGAGUCAUUCAGAGGGAAGGAAUUGACGUCGCUGAGUGAUGACCUCAUCCAGGCUGAGAAGCAGCUGGUUAUGUUGCACCAACAUCACACUGCCUGCUUGCAGGAGUUUCUGAACAACCAGACUUUGAUUCGCUGGGUCAAAGAUAACCUUGAAAGGAUGAGUGACCUAAAGCGAACCAUGGAGAACCUCUUGAUGGUGAUGGUGAAGAAGGGCAAUUCAGCCAAGAGCUACAGUGUGGUGGAGCUGCAGGAACUGCAGAACAAGCUCAUGCUAAUGUCAUCCAAAGGGGACUAUGGCAAGGAGCAGGUCAACAGAUUCAUGGAGGUGUUUGAUGGAGUCCAGAGGCUCGGUACAGUUCUGCUCCAGCUGCACUCCUCAGGCAACAUGUUGUUUCAUCACUGGAAGGCCCUUGUCUUCUGCAGCCCGCAGAGCAGGGAGUGCAUCCAGGUCACGUUCCCGCUGUCUGGGAAGGUCUUCGAGUACCAGGGGGAGGUGACCGAGCAGCUACAGAACCUGUGCCGCUGUAUGGAAUCCUGCCACCAAGACUGGAGGGAGCUCAUUGGAAAGACCCGCUCCAAGUACCCCUGUCUGAACUAUUAUACAGCUGAACAAGUCGUGCACCUGUCCCACUGGAUCUUCGCCACCUGCCGCAAGUUGGCCAAAUUGCCACAGUCAGCCUGGCAUCUUCUGCGUUCAAUAAAGCCAGACUGCACAUUGGAGGAGGUCCAGAAAGCCUUUGCUCUGAUCACUGAGUCAAAAGCACCAUGUGCAGGAGCCCAGCAAACGCCUCUUAUUCCAACAGUUUUAGCGCCGAAAGGAAGAGCUGAUCCUCGGCUGGUUAUUGAUUCUGGUUCUGAAGAAUGCACAAACCAGGACUUACCAGGUUCAAGUGACCAAGAGUUGGCCAUGGAGGAUCAUGCCAGUGACUUCAUGGUACUUGAUGAUGGAAACACUAAGCAGGAUGCAACACAAAGUAUGGAGCAGCUCUGGGGAUGUUUUAAAGCAGACAUGCCGAGAUACCUUGGUGAGAACUUAGACAUCUCCACUCUGGCUCGGUUUCUCUCACGUCUCUCGGAGAUGAACCGGGUGCACGUCAGACGCGAGAUGCCAGCAGUCCUUCAGGGAGGGAGGCCUAACCUUGUCCUCUGCCCGAAAGCUGAUGUCCUGGGCACAGCCCUCAGCAUUUACAUGCACAGUGCUGAGCAGCCUCUGCCCUCAUGCGAUGAGGUGCUGCUUUGCCAGGAAGAGACCACAGCAGAACAGGUGGAGCUCUUCCUCAGACGGGCUCUAGGAAGAUGCGCCCCAGAUGACCAAGGCAAGAUCUUCACGCUGAUCAAUGCGGGGCUGCUGGCCUAUGAUGUCAGCGUGUCCCUGGGAGAGCAUUUCGAACUAUUGCAGAGGAAUGCAGAGCCUCACUAUCGCCUGGUGAUCGUCUGCGCAGUGAAUCAUCAGUGCAAAUAUGUGCCCUCCUUCUUCAGCGGUUACAAAGUACAAGUAGCUUUUGGCACCUCAAGGAACAAGGCCAGAGAUUACCUCCGACGGCACUUCUCUUCAACAGCACGUCAGUCGCACGUCUAUCCAGAAAAUACAUCGGUGUGGCUGAUCUCAUCAACGCGCCCUGCUGUAGGGAAGUCGCUGUGUGUGGACAGGCUGUUUGGAAGCUUCCAGAGGGCGUUCCCAAAGGCCCAGCUGCUGCGGCUCAGGCUGCUGGAGCCUCGCGUUCAGCCCGACUCCUUCCUGAAGACGCUGCAGACGUGGACGCGGCAGCUGAGCGAGCGGGACAUGUCGAUGCUGCACAUCGACGCCGCCGCCGUACGUUUUGGCUUGGAAGAGUUCCUAUUUCAACUAUUGGUUCUUGGCUGCGUGAGUGACAGUGAAGGGAACCUAUGGCGGAGGAGUUCAGAUCAUCUCAUUACAGUUGAGCUUCUGCGGUCACACCCAACUCAACAGCUCCAAACCCGCAACGAGCAGGGUGUACAUGGACUUCUAGAUAUUCUGCCUGCCAUUCACUGUCGAUCACCCAAGGAAGUGAAAGAAUUACAGCUGGAAAUUCAUCAGAAGAAAGCAAGGAGAACUUUAGACCCUCUUAUGGAUGAACAGGAGUUUCGAAGUGAAGGUGUGCAGAGGUCUUACCAGUAUCUGAAGCGGUAUAAUAGAGGAGAGAACCUGGACCCAUUCAAAUACACAGCAGGCUCCGUAGAAGGGGACACCGUCGAUUGUCUCCAUCACCUGUUGGUGAACUGUGGGAUGACUGACCCAUCGUGGGCCGAGCUGAAGAACUUCACAUGGUUUCUGAACCUGCAACUGAAAGACUGCGAGUAUUCGAUGUUUUGUGACCCUGACUUUCUGGCUGAUCAUCUCAAAGGCUUCAAAGGCUUCAUCAUUAAGUUCAUGAUUACCAUGGCGCGAGACUUUGCUACGCCAUCUAUGAACUGCUCUGAUCAGAGCCCCUCUUUUCUCCCUGAAAACAUGAAUGAAGAUGACAUGUUAGCCCGCCUGACUAUCCGCAAAAGAUGGGAGACAGAACCCCAUCCAUACAUUUUCUUCAAUGCAGACCACAUCUCCAUGUCCUUUUUAGGUUUCCGUAUACAGAAGUGCCCUUUGGGGAGGACACUGAAUGCGGUGCAUCCACAAAAUAACAAAGUGAUAAUGGGGGAUGUGAUGACACCGCACCUUCUAGAGGGGCUUCAGCGGCAAGGCAUCUCUUUCAGUGAGAACUUUGACAACCUUGCGAGAAAGGACAAAAUACAGAGGAUUUCAUUUGUGGUUGGUGCCGAGAAGGGGUGGACAACACAGCAGUUUGAUCCGGACCCUACCUAUGAGCUAACCGCUGACAAUGUGAUGAAGAUGUUAGCCAUUCACAUGCGAUUCCGUUGUGGAAUUCCUGUCAUCGUAAUGGGCGAAACUGGCUGUGGGAAGACGCGACUAGUCCGCUUCCUCUGUGACCUUCAAAGGGAGGGCAAAAAUACAGAAAACAUGAAACUGAUCAAGGUGCAUGGAGGGACCACUGCAGAAACCAUCCAGCGGAAGGUGAGGGAGGCAGAAAGGCUGGCUGAGAGGAACCGAAGGGAGUUUGGCUUGGACACCAUUCUGUUCUUUGAUGAAGCUAACACAACAGAGUCAAUUUUUGCAAUAAAAGAGGUGUUGUGUGACAAGACUGUGCAAGGUCACCCUCUGAAGAAGGACAGUGGACUGAAAAUAAUCGCUGCCUGUAAUCCUUACAGGAGACACUCUGCGGAGAUGGUGGAAAGGUUGGAGCGUGCAGGGUUAGGCUACAGAGUGAAAGCCGAAGAGACAGAAGACAGAUUGGGAAAGGUUCCCCUUCGGCAGCUAGUUUACCGAGUUCAGCCACUGCCUCCCAGCAUGAUUCCACUUGUAUGGGAUUUCGGUCAGCUGAGUGAUUCGACAGAGCUGUCUUACAUCCGGCAAAUUGUCCACCAGAAGGCUCGAAGUCACAAUUUGCCCACCCAGUGCCACAAUGUCAUUUCAGAAGUUUUGGCAGAAUCUCAAAAAUACAUGCGCAGGCGUAAAGAUGAGUGCAGUUUCGUGAGCCUUAGAGAUGUGGAGAGAUCUCUGAGAGUCUUGUUGUGGUUUUACACCCACUACGAUCAGAUGUUUCCAGAACUUAGCAUUGCUGUUAGGACUUUAAAGUGCUUAGCUUUAGCGGUGGGAGUCUGUUACUACCCAAUGCUGGUCUCCAAAAAGCCUUACCUAAAAGCAAUCAGUCGAUAUUUUCCAGAGCCCCUCAACUCGGCAAGAUCAAUAGAACAUGAGAUCCACAAUUGUCAAGAUAUUUUUCUGAGGAAUGUGCAAACAAGAGAGACAAUAGCCAAAAAUAUGGCCCUCAAAGAGAAUGUCUUCCUCAUGGUGGUCUGCAUUGAGUUGAGGAUCCCACUAUUCCUGGUAGGAAAGCCAGGCAGCUCCAAAUCACUAGCUAAAACUGUGGUUGCUGAUGCUAUGCAGGGUCAGAACUCUCAGUGCAGGCUCUUCAGGGCACUUAAAGCAGUGCACAUGGUCUCCUUCCAGUGUAGUCCUCACUCGAGUCCAGAAGGAAUCAUCAGCACUUUUCGGCAGUGUGCUCGUUUCCAACAAGACAAAAACCCGGAUAAGUAUGUGUCUGUGGUGGUUUUGGAUGAGAUUGGACUGGCUGAAGAUUCCCCACAGAUGCCCCUGAAGACCCUCCACCCAUUGUUGGAGGAUGGCUGCAUCGACAAUGACACUCCAGACCCCCACAUGAAAGUAGGCUUCGUGGGGAUCUCGAACUGGGCAUUGGACCCAGCGAAAAUGAACAGGGGAAUUUUUGUCUCUCGUUGGGACCCAAGUGAGAUUGAACUGGUGGAAACAGCAAAAGGAAUAUGCUCUUCUGAUCAGUCAGUUCUCUUUAAAAUCCAACACCUCUUCCCACAACUUGCGAAAGCCUUUCUGGAAAUAUGCAAAGAAACUGAUAAAAGCCAGUUCUUUGGUCUCAGGGAUUUUUACAGCCUCGUGAAGAUGAUUUUUGCUGUGGUCAAGGAAUCCCAGCAGGAACCCAGUGACUGUGAGUUAGCAGAAGCUAUCUUGCGCAACUUCAGUGGGCAACCAGAGGACUUUGACCCAUUGCGUUAUUUCCAAGAGCUAUUCCAAAACCUUAAGGAAAUCCCUCGCCCAAGCACUCUGCAAAUGGUGGAAAGGAAUUUAGACUGUUAUAAGAAGGAAGAGAGUCGCUACCUUCUUCUCCUAACAACAAACAAUGCUGCCUUGCCCAUCUUACAACAGCGUGUCUUUGCUACGGCUGACUCUGCCCCUGAGAUCGUAUUUGGCUCGGGAUUCCCGAAGGACCAGGAGUAUGCCAGUAUUUGUCGCAAUGUGAACCGCGUAAAGACUUGCAUGGAGACGGGCCGUACUGUCAUACUACUAAACCUGCAGAACCUCUAUGAGAGCUUGUAUGAUGCUCUGAAUCAGUACUACGUCUAUCUUGGUGGCCAGCAAUAUGUUGACCUGGGCUUGGGCACACACAGAGUAAAGUGCCGGGUGCACAGGGAGUUCCGACUUGUGGUAGUGGAGGACCAGGACAAGGUGUACAAACAGUUUCCUGUGCCUCUCAUCAACAGGAUGGAGAAGCACCGGUUAAACAGGAGUGCCGACCUCACUGAGCACCAGCGCAGGGUGUUAUCAAAGCUCCAAGAAUGGGUGGACAAGUUUACAUCUCUGUCAGAAGGAGACGCAGCGUUUAAGGUGUCGGAUGCCUUUGCGGGUUUUCAUGAGGAUGCUUGCGCUACUGCCCUUCUGCAGGCCCUGGAAAGUAGGGGUGGUAGAAGAGGGGCUGAAGAUAGGCAGGUAGAAAUAAAUGAAGAUACCAUGAAGAACAUGGAAAUCAGUGAGCUAGCAGAUCACGGGGCAGAGUCUGAUUCAAGUAGCAUGGUCGCUGUUGCAGAUAGCCAGGAACUUGCAGUAAGAGAUGGUCCUGGUGUGGCUGGAGCCGUAGGACCUUUGUCGGUAGCAGGAGCAGGCUCUGAUAUCUCGAUGGAGUCCGCAGAUGAUGACAAAGCCAUGGCUGAAGCAGAGCCAGCAGGCUUUGUUACAGCCGGAGGACCCGAAAGUCUUAUGGAAACAGAGAAAAGCAAAGGAGACCUGUCUACAGAGACGGAGGAAGAGCAGGUUUUUGAAGCUGCUAAGUGCAUCCUACUGAACUGUGCGACACCAGAGGCAGUGCUCAGGCUUAAGUACUCCAAACUGGGGAGCUGGGAGUGGAAAUCGCUCCAGGAAAUGUACUUCAGAGAGCAGCGUCACGUGUCCCUGAGAGCCUUCCUCAAGAGCCAACUCAACAGCUCGGAGAAAUCCAGCAGGUUCAUGGAGGUGACCACCUUCUCCAGUCUGCUGACGCGGUCGGACGUCCAGGCCAUCUCCUCCUGCAAGCUGCUUCUGCUCUCCCUGCACCAGUUUGAUACCGAGGCCUCUUUUUCUUCAAAGAUACGGUGUUUUAUUCAAGAUGGAGCUCCCUCGACUCGUAUCUUGCUCAUUCAGACGGACAUGGAGGAAUCUACGUACAGCAAUGAGCUUAUAGCCUCUGCAAAGUACUGCACGAUGAAUGAACUGAGCUCCAUGGGGUCUGCUCAGGGCUGCAGUCAUGUGAUCUUCAUAACCAAGCUGUCCAGGAUGCCCUGCAAAUCCCAGUACACUGGAUUCCAAGGAGGUGUGUGGCUGUCGAUGCACAUCGAUGACCUCAGGGACACCGAGGACAUGAGCGCUGACCUUUCUGCCUUUUGUGGGACGCCAUUCAGCAAACUGCUCACCCUGUCGGGCUCCUCAGGUACGUGUGACACAUGCUUAUAUCCCGUCUGGGCUCUACCCCUGCCCUGUGUGUGUGUGUGUGUGUGUGUGUGGUCACAGCAGGCUCCCCAUGCCCAGCUACAUGGACCUUCCCUGCUGAGGUCCUGCAUUCAGAGAGCUGUGUGCCUGCUGAAGGACCCCGAAUCGCAGGCCUCCCGCAGCAUGAAGCGUGUGGAGAUGCUGCUUAGUCUUCUGGACUCUGCAGCACAGCCAGGAGCGCGGUUCCUGGAGGUUCUGAUUAGGAAGCUGGUACUGCUGCUUGCUCAGCAAGAGGAGAAGAUGCUUUCCCCGAGGGAGUGGGUGAGCAAGGAGGCCCGGAAGCGGCUCGCUCUGCAGGAGGGAGGCACGCUCAGGCACACCCUGUGGCGCUGCCUGCAGAAUAUGCUGACCCCCGUCCUGGCUCUGGUGCUGGGGGUUCUGGACCGGGAUGCGAACCUGGACCUCCUGUACCAUGCAGAGGUUGAUGAGGGUCUGGUCUGCCUGUGGCUAGAUAUUCUGGAGGACCAGCAGACUCUGGAAGUGGUGAUGCCCAAAAAUUCAAGCCCGGCAGAUGAAGAGAUCCCUGUGCAGUGUAACCUCCUAUUGGCCGGUGAGGUGCACCCCUGUGCUGCCCCCUUCAGCUGGCUGAUCAGAAUGCACUGCCAGAGCUUGUGGGAGGAGUCAGAGUUUCUGCCAGUGACGCAGGCGGACGACAGGCAGAGGGUGCUGAGGUUUACCAGCGCGUUUGCCGGCAGCAGACUGGGCGGCCACAUCGGCAGACUCUCCGGGCCGCAGGCGGCGCACCUUGGCCGGUGCUACCUGCAGGACUUCCUGCUGAUGCACUUCAGGAUCUCGUCGGAGGAGCACCUGAUGGUGUUCACACAGGCGAUACAGGCCUGCAUGGCGGAGCUGCAGCGCCAUCUGCAGGUGAGCCCUGAGCUCUCCCCCGCCUGGAUCCAGGCUGCCGUGCGGCUCUUUGCCCCCAGGCUGGACACGCUCUUGCAGUUGCUCCGUCUCCAGCCUCACAUAGUCCUCACGCUGCUCCAAGAGGGACCCAAGGACCCUCCUGAGAUGUGCGAAGACAUCUUGGCACUGGGUGUGUGUGUGGAGGAGGUGCAGCAAGUGAACAUGGAUGACCACAAAACCCUCCUGCACAGAGUGCAACUGCUACAGCCCUGUGUGGAGAGUGCCUUCGGAUUGAACUUUAGCGCCCUCUGUAGUCCUGGCUGUCUUCAGCAACUGGAGAAUAUCAGGGGUGCCUGGGGGGGGGUUCUCGUGGUGGCAGCAUUCAUUCAGCAGGUGGUGCUGAAAGUGACCGAACGGCGAUUUAAGGAGCUGACGCUGAAAACCUGCAGGCACCUGCAGAUGCUAAUGCAGCAGUCAUCUGACUUGAGGGACAAAGGCACACUAACAAAAAUGAUUGGCAUCCUGACCUCCUGCUAUGAGGAAACUGGCCGGCUAGACUUCAGGUACGGCACCAAAUGUCCAGUGUGCAUGGAGGAGCUGGAGGAGCCGGUCGCCCUGACCUGCGAACACACCUUCUGCCUGAGCUGCCUCCUGAGAAGCAUCCAGAACAAUCAGCGGUCCUGUCCAAUGUGUCGCGCACUCGUGCCAGACAGCUUUCAGCUCACCGUGUCUCAGGGCCUUAGGUCGUCCCUGAAGCAGCACCGAGCCUUAAGGAAGUACUGCAAUGCCUUCUUCCUGGAGGUGGUGUCACGAUUCUGUCUCUGUGGAGGAGGGGACCCUCAGGAAGGAGUGGUGGAGCUUCUCUUCUCCCUGUUGUUCAGUAAACAGGAUUCUGCGUACAGGACCAGAGAGCUCACGCCCUUCCUGGACAGCGUGGACCAGAAUCCGGUUGUUCGCUCCGUGCUUCCAAAGCUGCUACUGCAGUACAGUUUUCAGCAGGUGAAAGAUCACAUCCAGGGCUACUUACGCACACUGCAGGACCACAUCCUGGAGCGAGAGGACCAGACGGAGCUCUACCUUCUCUUUGUCAACUGUUUCCAGGACUCGCUGUGCAGCCCUGGAGGUGGUGGGAUGGCAGAGGAACAGCACCACCUGCAGGAGGGCAUCCAGUUUCUGAGCCAGCUGGCCAGUGGUCAUUUGCCCAGCAUCCGGGACCAGCCAGCCGAGUUCCUGCUUGCCGUGGCCAGGCUAAGGGCAUACCUGGGCACCGCUGCCCGCCUGCUGCAGGCUGCAGUGGCCUUCGAGGAGGCCCCGUCUGAGCUGGGGGAGCGGUUCCUGAGCCGUGUAAGAGCCGCAUUGGAGCACGGCGGUAAUGACUGGCACCGUGUCUACCUGCUGAGGGCUGUCCACCGGCUGGCAGGAGUGGAUUGCGUGCAGGUCCUGAUGAACAGACCCAACCGCAGCUGGAUCUUCCCUUCUGAGGUGCUCCGACUGCAGAGACAGACGCCCGUGAAGGUGGACCGGUUUCUGUGCUGCGGGGAGCCCUACCGGGUCCUGAGGAACCAAGUGUAUCACACACUUCUGGAGUUGGAGGCCAACACUCUCAGCACCCACCUGCAGGGCCUGGCCUGCCCCCGUGCCGUGACAGAUGUGCUCCUGUCCCUGGCCCUCUUCCGCGAGGUGACUUGCCGCCUGGAAGAUGCUGACCACAGACUGCGGCCCACGCCGGAGGGUAUAAAGACUCUUUCGAACUUCCUGAAUAACCACCUGUCUGGGAAGCACAAAAACCUGUGCACUGGCCUGCUGAACAACAAGGUGGGGGGCGUGGGCUCCCCACUGCGUGUCACACCCUCGAUGCCUGCUCAGAGGCGCGCCCUGCUGGAGGUCCUUGUUCAUGCUGCCGCUGUGUUCCUGACCGGUGGACCACUGGUGGCCCCACUUUGCCAGAUCGCUUUUCAGCCCCAGACCAUGACGGCUGCAUUUCUGCCCACCAUGCCUGACGACCGCUCCAGUGAAGCUCGACAGUGGAUGACCAGAGAGACCACACUGAGGACGUACACUUGCUCUAACGGACACGUGUGCUUCGUCGGAGAGUGUGGGAGGCCAGUGCAGGAGUCACGUUGUCCUGAGUGUAAGGUCCCGAUCGGAGGCACUAACCACGCGGCAGUGGCAGGAUUCAGAGAGACACAAAGUGUUGCGGACCAAACACGGACAGGCCACAUCCUGGGCGACGCUCAUCAUAGGUCAAAAGCCCCAGAGAGACAGCUGUCCACAGCUGGGUCCCAUAUCCUGCGCUUCUGCACCCAUCUGGCAAUGAUGCUGGGCACUGCGCGGGACCACCGGGGUAUCAGUCAGAUGAUCCAGCCCCCGGUGAAAGACGUCCAGCAGUUUCUAUGGAGGCAUCUGGAGGAGGACAUGAAGGUACUGGGCCAGUCCCUGGAUCAGAACAUGGACAAGACCAUGGUUGUGAUGCACCUGGUCCUCCAUGCCUUCCUGGAGUUUGCUGAAGACUCCAGGCAGCGGGGGGCGGACCUGUCCUCACGACAGAGGCGAGAGAUGUGGGAAAAGCUGGCUUGUGACUCCGUCAUCGGCCCUGUAUUACAGGGAUUGGAUGGGAAACUGAAGCAGGCCCAGGCACAGAUCAGUGCUGAUGACAGCCUGAGCAGAAGUCCCCUGAUCAUGCUGCUCUAUGGAGACCCCGCCCGCUUCCUCCCCUCCAAGUGCCCCACUGACCACUCCUCCAAGUGCCCCACUGACCACUCCUCCUUCUGGAAUGUUCCUGAGAUGCUAACCGUGGAGCGUUUUUCCCAAAUCCUGGAUCAGAACCAAGGGCAGGCCACGGUGCCCCUGCUCUCACUCUUCAUCAAAAAGGUGCCGUGCUUAAGGCAGCUAUGUCACCUGCCUGCCCUGGCUGCCCUCCAAUUAGAUUUGCUGAGGUUGGUCACCAUGGUGACAGAGGCGGGGUCAUCUCAGAGUAUCGGACAGGUACUGCAGCAGAUCCCAAAAGGUCAGCAGUCGGAGGUGCUGCUGACACGAGUGAAGAUCUUCAUUGACGUGUGGAACCAGCUGAGGAUGGAACUGUCCAGGAGCUCUGAGAUGGGCGUGGCGGAGCGCCUCUGUGGCACGGAGCUGAGCAUGGACAGCCCGGGGGAGUUCCUGUCUCUAAGCCAGAACGGGCCGGGGUCCUGCCUAACCCUGCUGCUCAGCUUCCUGUCUGAGACUCACAACUGCCUGGUGCGACAGGCCAGGGCGCUGCACCUGCAGCAGGACAGUGACUACAGUGUUCCACUAGAGGGAGUGUCAGAGGCUCAGCUGGUCCUGUGCCGCACUGAGCAGGAGCUGCUCCCCCUGCUGCUGACGCACUGUCAGUACACCCUGAGGAAAGGCAAGGAGACAGUGAGCAGCUACAAUCUGCCGGCGAUUGAGAGUGAACUCGCCCGGCGCUUUGUCACUGGAAAGCCUCUCAUCCAGGCGGAGACCUCGAAGUACGUGAGAAGACACCAGCUGAACUUCUCCGCGCUGCUGGCAGAGGUCCGGAGUAAGAUCCCCCAGAAGCCCCUGAGGAACUCUCUGAGCGGCGCCGUGCGCGAUGUGCUGCACUCCUUCCCGGACACGUGCGACGCCGUGCUGUUGACGGAGGUGGCCCUGCGCUUCCUGGCCAAGAUGGGCGGGGAUCCCCGUGUCCGGCUGCUGGCCUACAUGCGGGACACGCUGAGGAUGGAGCAGCAGAUUCCCCGGGCUGUGGCUAAGGCCCUGGGAGAGAGUCGACUGGAGCACUGUGUCUCUACCUGGCAGCUUCUCACCUGCUGGAAGUCUGAGCUGAUGGCCAUGAGGGGGCAGGACCCCUUUGAGAGGCUGCCCCCGGAGUACAGGGAGAAGCUGUCUGAGGCAGAGAGGAAGGAGGUGAAGGCUUUCCUCGCGCUCACCGACAUGGAUGCCUUCUGCAGGGAGCUGCACGAGAUCCUCCUCUUAAAGACGGGCACUGCCACUCAGGAGGAAAACUACGACAGCCACUGGGACAUUCGAACCACCCUGGAGACCCAUCUGGAGAUGAAACACAGCUCCGCCUUGCCGGCCCUCGCUGACCUGUCAGAUGAGCUGACUUUGGCCAAAGCGUCUGAAAUAUGGAGGCUGGUGGUGGAAUUAAAGUCAUCAUGAAUCACAAUAAGCUUUCUGAUCUUUGAUUAUAAGCAUUCCAAACAUUCCACUUAUGUGGAUGAUAAGAACAACAGUAGUAGCAGAAAUAAUAGACAUAUUAAGGAAUGUCUAAAAGGAAAGGUAAUUAAAUAGAGUAAUAAUAACUGCUGUAAAUUAAAAUAAAGAUUAAGAAAAAUGAAUGAGAUAUCUUAAAGAUGUUUGACGUCAACAUGUCUGAUUGUGACAACUGAUUUCUGGUUAGUCCUAAGUGUCCUUCUGUACCUAAACAAUAUUGCAUUAUUCAAAUAGUGCUUUAUUUCUCGAACUGAUAUAGUCAGGUACAUUAACCCUGUUCUUUUUCAAUUUUUUUUUUCUUCUGAUUCCUUGCACUGCUAAGCGACAGUUCACAUUCCCUUAAGUAACCGCUCUUAAAGCUCCGAAAACCCAAGAAUGUGAAUUUCUCUUCUUAUUCGAGGAGCAUGGUGUGCUUAAUUAAAGCAACACCGGUCUUUAUUUUUGUAAUACAUUGUUUCAAAAUGAAAGCGUAUACAUUGGAAAACCAAAUAAACUUUUCUUUGUUAAUCUUC